AUGAUGUCUUCCCUCAAUCACCUCCAGCUUCCACCGCCACUGACAGAUGCCGGCGACAAGUGCCAGGGCGGUUCCCCGUGUGAUCAUUGUACUCGAACGGGCAAGACAUGUGAGCCACAAACGCCCACAACACCGCGGGCUUCUUUCCAGUUUGUUGCCUACGAGGCAACCAGGCGCACAACACCAAAACUGGCACUCCCCGCCACUGUAAACAAUGACAGAGAGAGCACAUAUCUGGGCCAUUUUGUCGCCGUCAUUCGUAAUUGUCAAUUCACGGCUCGUUUUCCACUGGUGGCAACGGCGCUGCUCCCCGUGAUGAGUGGAAAUAGCCACCUUUCACAUGUGGCAAUUGCAAUAGGUGCCCUGGAUGCUCAUCGACGAGCGCAGGUCGGCGCAAGUCGUGACUAUCCAUCGCCGCGCAUCGUUGCAUUCACAAGGUACCAGCGCGCCUUGGCCAGCCUGCAAGAUGAGCUCGGUUCGAGUAAUGCGCCGCAGCGAGACGAUGUGCUCUGGACGACCUUUCUCCUGGGGCUGUUUGAGCUCAUGGCAGAACCAAGCGGUGACCGAUGGGCGAGACACAUGCUCUACGGCACAGGAAGAAUGCUGCAGCUGGCGAAUAUGGGCCGUGGCCCCUCUCCUCUAAAACAAAUGCUCUUCGACGCGUUCCAGAUCCUAGAGGCCAACAGGGCAAUCAUGUACGGAGUGGAAACUUUUCUAUCCGAGCACAGGUGGGCCGUGGUCAGAAAGACACUGCUCUUGCAUGCUGGCCAAAUUGCCGGACGCCCGAUGGAUGACAUGAUUACUCUCAUGCUGUACACCGCAUCCUUCAGUCAGAGGUAUGUAGAGACCAUGGACAGAUUAGAUGCAGCUCCAGUUGACUUUUGCAGCUUCUUUGAACGAAUCCAGCAGAUUCCAGAGCCGGAGCGUUGUGCUCAUCCAAGCAUCCAGGGGCUGGGCCUGCAAGGCAUCCAUGUCCAAGACCUGCUCAACAAGUGGUACUUGCAGCACGGAUCGACUUUGAAUGCCACGAGUACAGCGCAUGAGUGCCGAUUAGCACUGAUUUACUACCACACACUCAUGUUGUUCUUGUCGCGGAAUUACACGUACUACUCCUGCUGGGCGGGCAAGGCGACUCCCCUGCUAAGCCGCUCGGCAAUUUCUGACCACACGAGAAGCAUUGCCACUCUGAUUGACCGGUUGCUGCAGUCGUCCAAUGUGCCCGGCGUCAUGUUGCUGUUCCCAUUGCGAGUAGUCGGUUCCCUGCUCACUGAGACAGACGCAAGGUUAAAGGUCGUGGCGCAGCUCGACACAAUAUACUGGAAAGGAUACGUCGUGGCAGACAGGGUCAAGGUAGAUUUGAAUAUUCUUUGGGCAUUCAGUGGCCUGCAGGGGUGCUGA